AUGCAGGUGGUUCUAAUGAGGGUUGCGGGUUGGAGCACAUGCUCCAGGUGGGGUAGAGAAGGGGGGCAGGAGAAGAUUCAGGAAAAGGUUCAGGAGAAGGUUCAGGAGAAAGUUCAGGAGAAGGUUCAGAAGAAGUUUCAGAAGAAGGUUCAGAAGAAGGAGAAGAUUCAGGAAAAGGUUCAAGAGAAGAUUCAGGAGAAGGUUCAGGUGAAGGCCCAGGAGAUGGGCCAGUCAAAGAUUCAGGAGAAGAUUGGGCAGAAGGUUCAGGAGAAGGUUCAGGAGAGAAUGUCCAGGAACAGGUUCAGGAGAAGGUUUCGAAUAAGAUUAGGGGGAAAGUUCAGCAGAUGGUUCAAGAGAAGGUCCAGGCGAAGGUUCAAGAGAUGGUUCAGGAGAACCCCCCCUCCCGGUUCCGAAGAGAAGAUUCAGGAAAAGGUUCAGGAGAAGAUUCAGGAGAAGGUUCAGGUGAAGGCCCAGGAGAUGGGCCAGUCAAAGAUUCAGGAGAAGAUUGGGCAGAAGGUUCAGGAGAAGGUUCAGGAGAGAAUGUCCAGGAACAGGGUCCAGGAGAAGGUUCAGGAGAAGGUUGAAGAAAAGGUUCGGAGAAGGUUCAAGAGAAGGUUCAGAGAGAAAGUUAAGGACAAGGUUCAGGAGAAGGUUCAAGAGAAGGCUCAGUUGAAGGUUCAGGAGAAGGUUCAGGAGAAGGUUCAUGAAAGGUCCAGAGAAGGUUCAGGAGAAGUUUUUGAGGAAGGUUCAGUCAAAAGUUCAAGAGAAGGUUCAGAAGAAGGUUUAGGAAAAGGAGAAGGUUCAAGAGAAGAUUGUGGACAAGGUUCAAGAAAGUUUUCGGAAAAGGUUUUGGAGAAGGUUCAGAAGAAGACUAUGCUUAAUAUUCUCUCCGACUAUUCUUCAUCUUCUCUCCGACUAUUCUUAAUCUUCUCUCCAACUAUUCCUAAUCUUCUCUCCGACUGUAUUUUAUCUUCUCUCCGACUAUUCUUAAUCUUCUCUCCGACUAUUCUUAAUCUUCUCUCCGACUAUUCCCAAUCUUCUCUCCGACUGUAUUUUAUCUUCUCUCCGACUAUUCGUAAUCUUCUCUCCGACUAUUCGUAA